AUGGUGGCGCUUGCUAUCGGGGACGAUAACGUGCCGCUGCUGGUGGUGGAGCUGGCGGUGGAGGGCAUGAUGUGCCAGAAGAACUGCGGCUCCACGGUCGAGAACGCGCUGCGAGGCGUGGACGGCGUGGCCGCCGCCGUCGUGAGCUUCGAGCAGCGCAAGGCCACGGUGACGCUGCGGCGGCCCGGCAGCGCGACGCUGCAGGAGCUCGUGGACAUGGUGGAGUGCGUGGGCUUCGAGGCCAGCGCGUACGACGCCGCCAAGGCCGCGGCCAUCAAGCUGCAGGCCCAGAGGCAGAAGGCGGCGCAGCAGCAGAAGGAGCAGAGCCUGGCGCUGGACGUGCCCGACGCGGCCGGCCACCCGCGCGCCGUGUUCCACGUGGAAGGCAUGAGCUGCGCCGCGUGCGUCAAGGCCAUCGAGGACCACGUGGGCAAGGCCGAGGGCGUGCUGCACUGCCGCGUGGGGCUCAUCAGCCAGAAGGCCGAGGUGGCGUUCGACCGCGACCUGGUCCGGGACGAGCAGCAGCAGCUCCGGCAGCUCAUCCAGGACGCCGGCUACAAGGCGACGUUCUCGCACGUGGUGGAGCCGGGCGACGGCGACUCGCUCGAGCUCAAGUUCACGGUCACGGGCAUGAGCUGCGCCGCGUGCGUGGGCAAGAUCGAGUCGGCCGUGGGCAAGCUGCCGGGCGUCACCAAGGUGCUGGUUAACCUGCCGCUGAACAAGGCGCACGUGCACCUGAAGCAGCUGGCCAAGACGGGGCCACGCGACGUGCUGGAGUGCAUCAACGGCCUGGGCUACUCGGCGGAGGUAGCGCUGGAUACGACGGACCAGAACGCGCUGAGCAAGUCGGAGGUGGAGAAGUGGCGCAAGCUCUUGACGACGGCCAUGCUCUUCUCGCUGCCGGCCAUGCUGAUCCACAUGGUGCUCAUGUACAUCCCUCCGGUGGAGAAAGUGUUGAUGACGCCUGUGUUUAAUUCCGUAUCGAUUAAGCUGUUGCUGCUGUUCCUGCUGGCGACUCCUAUCCAGUUCGGCGUGGGCUGGCGGUUCUACGUGGCCGCGUGGAAGGGUCUGCAGCACGGCUCCAUGGGUAUGGACUUCUUGGUCGUGGCAGGCACCACCAUGUCGUACACAUACAGCUUUGUAUCAUUGGUUGGCUCGGCGGUGCAUGAGAAUUAUCACGGCCACCACUUCUUUGAGUCAUCAGCGAUGCUGCUGACGUUCGUGACAUUGGGUAAGUACAUGGAGUCGAUGGCGAAGGGCAAGACAGCAGAUGCGUUGUCAGAACUGGCCAAGCUGCAGCCGAAGAAGGCGCUACUUAUCGUCGAGGGUAAACGCGACCGCGAAAUCCCGAUCGAAUUGGUGCAGCGCGGUGAUCUUCUGCGCAUCCUUCCAGGUGCUAACAUCCCGACAGACGGCGUGGUGAAAUCUGGUUCUAGCUCGACGGAUGAGUCGAUGCUGACGGGUGAAAGUAUGCCGGUGGCGAAGAAGACCGGCGACUACGUGUUCGGUUCAACUGUGAACCAACAGGGCACGCUGGUGAUCGAGUCGAGCUGCAUGGGUGGGGAAAGCUCGGCUUUGGCUCAGAUUUGCACCUUGAUUGAAGAUGCUCAGCUCCACAAGGCUCCCAUUCAAGCGUAUGCAGACUACCUGGCAUCGGUUUUUGCCCCCUGUGUUCUGGGCAUGGCGGUGAUGACGUUUAUUGCGUGGAUAUCGCUGUUGACACUCAACCUCAUUCCUACCGAGUGGAAGGUAGAGCUGGGCGUGGAUGAGGAUGCUUUGGCUGAUCACUCCGACGACAUGUACCUGGCUGUGUUGUUUGCCAUCUCGGUCGUCGUGAUCGCGUGUCCGUGCGCUUUGGGACUGGCCACCCCCACUGCUGUGAUGGUCGGAUGUGGCGUCGGCGCCAAGAAGGGUGUGCUCAUCAAGGGCGGUCGGGCGCUCGAGACCGCGCGCUACAUCGACACCAUCGUGUUCGACAAGACCGGCACGCUGACUGUCGGCCACCCUUCGGUUCGUGACGUGGUGGUGGCCGACCGUGCGUACACGCCGCGCGAGCUGCUGUACUACGGCGCGUCCUUGGAGUGUGUGAGUGAGCACGUUCUUGGCAAGGCCAUCGUCGUGACGGCCACGGAACAUGAGAAGCUCGAACUGCAGGAUCCGACCGAUGUCCAUGUGGUCCCUGGCCGCGGCAUUGAAGGCACUGUGGCUGCCAGCGAGGUGACGUCACGCACCACAGCGGCCAACGUGAUGGUGGGCAACUCCGAGUACUGCGAGGAGAAGGGCAUCGAGAUCGGCGAGAAGAUACGCGCCCACAUGCACGAGCUGGAACUCGAGGGAAAAACCGUUGUGGUUGUGUGCGUGGAGAACAAGCUGGUUGGCGUGAUUGCGUUGGCUGACGCUCCUCGCCCCGAAGCGGCGGAUGUCGUGAAGCACCUGAAGUCGAUGGGGCUAGACGUGUGGUUGAUCACGGGCGAUAACCUUCGCACGGCCAGCGCGAUCGCGCGCCAGAUGGGCAUCAACCACGUCAAGGCCGUGGCGCUUCCUGGUGAGAAGGCGUCUCAGAUCAAGGCAUUGCAGUCGCAGGUGAACCCGCUGACGCUGAAGCCGCGCGUGGUGUGCAUGGUGGGCGACGGCAUCAACGACGCGCCAGCGUUGGCGCAGUCGGAUAUCGGCAUGGCCAUCGGUGCCGGCACGCAGAUCGCCAAGGCGGAGGCCGACAUGGUGCUCGUGAAGAGCGCUCUGACGGACGUGGUGGUAGCUCUGGACUUGGCCCGCGUCGUGUUCUCGCGCAUCAAGUUGAACUUCUUCUUCUCGAUCGUGUACAACGUGGUGGGCAUUCCGCUGGCGGCCGGCAUGUUCUUCCCUCUGAUCCACCGGAUGAUGCCGCCUGCGUGUGCUGGUCUGGCGAUGGCGUUUUCGUCCGUGUCGGUGGUGAUUUCCUCUCUGUUACUCAAGAAGUACAAGGCACCGCAGCUCUUCCAAGCAAAACCGCAGAAGGUGCACUUCGAAGAGGACGUGCAGGUUGUGGACCUCAAGAACCUCGUGGGACUGAAGGCCAAUAAUGUGCGCUAUGCGCCGUUGACAAAUGUGGAAGAGCAGAAGACUCGCCUGAAGCCCAUCGGUCAGUGA